CUCUUUCGUCACUUCCUCUUCUAUUUACUAAAAUUGCGAAAACGGAGACAGAGCCUCUCAUGCAUCUUCUUUGUCUCUUCUCUCUCUUUGCUCUUCCUUUCCCACGCUCCAUUCAAACGUUUCUUUCUCCCCUUCCACUCUCUCUCCUUUGGAUAUUGUGAGUACCAGGAAACCCGAGAACCAGAAAAUGGUCCAAUCGAAAAAGUCGAGAAAAAGAAUCGAGAAUCGAACUGUUAGCAAACGAGAAACAUUAAACAUCCAUUUCCAUGUUACUCUUAUUCUUGUGAAUACGUUUUGUCUCAAUUCUCAUUGAAUUUCAACUGAGCCUUCGAAAUAUUAUGAAAGUUUAAAAAUUCGAAAACUCUAGUUUACUUUAAUUGAAAAGAGCAAAUGAAAGAAAAAAAUGGUUCAGGUGAACAUGGAAAUUAAAUUACGAUUGUGCACAAUCGAUUAGGCAACAAGUCUGAUUAUCAACACAUAUUGCGAUCAGAAUGAUUGACAUUUCAUCGUUACAAUCAAGGCGAUUUCCAAGGGUAACGAUUUAAAAUCAUUCAGAUCAAUUAUUUAACCUCCUCGAAAAUGAAGUUUUCGAAAUUUAUUCUUCAAUAUUUGUGUACAAUAACAUCAAGUUCAUCAACAAUGAUGGAACAUCAAAUUCUUGAAGCUAAUACGAUUCUUGAAGCUUUUGGAAAUGCUAAAACGGUUCGAAAUGAUAAUUCCUCCCGUUUUGGUAAAUUUAUUCAAGUUUGUUUUGACCGUCGAUGCCAAAUAAAAGGAUGUAUAAUCCAAGAUUACCUGUUAGAACAAUCGAGAUUAAAUUUCCAAUCAAAAGGUGAAAGAAACUACCACGUCUUCUAUCAGCUGGUCGCCGCUGCAGCAAAUAAUCAUGAGAUACGAAACCAAUUUCUAGUCGAGAAAGCAGAAAAUUAUGCUUACUUAAGUCAAAGUGGUUGUUAUCGGAUCGAUGGGGUUGAUGAUAAUGCGGCUUUUGAAUCAUUACGAUUGGCAAUGUCGGUGCUUUAUAUGCCCACCGAAAUGUGUGAUGGCAUUUUCUCGGUGCUCAGUGCAAUCCUUUGGUUGGGAAAUAUAAUGUUCGAGGAUUAUCAAGACGGUGAAAGGUGUAAAUUAAAAGCAGAGGAUGAAGAGAUUCUCGCAACUGUAGCGACUCUUCUUGGACUGGACGCUGUUCGUCUUACACAGGCUACUCUUCAACGGCAGAUUAAUGUUCGUGGCAAUAUAACAGAGAUACCAUUCAAGGUACAUGAGGCGAGAGAGAAUCGUCAUGCUAUGGCGAAAGCUCUUUACUCGCGAACAUUUUCCUGGAUAGUAAAUUCGUUAUAUUCUGAUAAUUGAAACUCUCAUUGAUAAAGGAAACACUGGUUGAUGUUGAUACUUUUCACUUGUUGACAAGAGUUGAAUGUAAAUAAAUGAGAUGACGGUGAUAAAGAAUGAGAGAGAAAUGGGGAUUUUGUUGUGGUUUCAUUUUCUUUUCUCACUUUUUUGGCUCCAAUGGAUCGAUUGUUUCGAUACAUCGAUGUUCUUUUUAUUCUCUUUUCAGACAAUCGACUUUUAAUUUUAUUAAUUCUAUUAUUUUAUAGAAUUUCUAUUACGAUCAUCUGAAAGUUUUC